CUUGUGAACUACAUACUUUCACAAUAGAUAUGGCAACGCUGUAAAUGAAGUUAUGCUGCUCUUGUGAUAUAUUUUAUGAAUUGUUUAUUGUUGUGAGUGCGUGCAAAUUCGUAAUUGAAUAGUCGGCAUGCUGUUAUUAUCGUCGAAGUUUGUGUGAUAAUCACUUCGAAAGAAUGGCAUACAGCGGGCGUACAAACCAUUUUGUUUGUUAACUUGUGAUUUUAGAAAAAUGAAAACGAAAAGAAUUAAUUUCGCAAAAUCGACUAUUUCGGCUAAUAUAUUUCAUAUUAUAAAUGUCGUUCGCAUUUGUAAUGAUACUAGUCAAUAAUUUUGUUGGUGCGCGGGCAUAUAUAUUUAAAAUAACAUAACGAUGAUGUUGUUGCUCGUGGCUUUAGUAAACCGAAGUGAUGGUCAGGCGCCAGCCAAAUUGCAAGAUAAUUGUCAGUUGCUAUAUGUUCGGAAUCACGAAAUCUUUUACGACAACAAUCGAAGCGCAUAACAAAAACGAACGAGCCAAAGGACUAACCAGUCAACCAACAAACGAACGUCACAACUAAUCCAACGAACUAGGGAAAAUAUACAAAGCAAACACGCACCUAAGUGAAAUGAAAAUGUGUAUGCAAAAUGUGACUGAGAAGUAACUGUCACAAUGUAUGAACGCCGAGAAAUAUUAGACAUAAUAGCAAAUAUAGAAACCGUGAAUAUUGAAGUAAAAAUUGUGGCGUAGUUUUAAGCAAGCGCUUAUCGUCGAUAUUGAAACAACAGUUAACAUUAGAAAAAUUAACAGAAGUUCCUGUGCAACCAGGUGGGCUGUUGUCAUCAACGCCAGUGCCUCAAUCUAUUCCUUCUGUCAAUGCUGUAACGAGUUCAGCGACAUCAAUACCUGAAACGACCUUUUUGGUCUCGACAUUAGGCGUUUUAGUGCAAACACAGAUUAGUGUUGUCAAGUAAAGUCAGAACCCAUGACGCUUGCUGCAACCGACUAUGCCAUGUCUGCUACUCUUAGUUGCGCGAGUGGCAAUAAUAUUAAAAACAACAGAGACAGCAACUUUAUUAAUAAUAGUUCGGACAUUAACCAGGAAAAGCAAUCUGGCAGUAGCCUUCCGAUCAGUAAUGAUUUUGCCCAGUAUUCUAAGCAAAUAUUUAAAUCGUUCGUCACGCUUCAGCCCAGCUAUGCUGAGUCAAAGUUUGGAGAUUUGUCAGCUACUAAAGAUAAUGAACUAAAACCACACAAAGGUUCGGAAGAUUUCACGGGGUCUCGUAACUUACAAGAGACAAACAGUAUCAGCGCUUUCAUCGACAAUCAUCAUUUUGAAGGAAAAAUUAGUGGCUCAGAGGAUUUAUUUAAUAUUACACGCUGUGAUGGCGCUGCAUUCAGAGAAUAUGAACUCCUUUCAUCAGCGGUCAAGAAUGCACAUUUUGUACGCAACGACAAUGCUAACUCAACGACGAUUGUAGAGCCAAUGGACAAACCUCCUUCGCAAGCAAAUGAUGGUACACAAGCUACUAAUCAUACAAUGGUAAAUAUUAAAUUAAAAGCAAGCACAGAUGUUUCAAUAAAUAAUAGUGCUGGCAGUAAUAGUAGAGGAAUAAAAGUUGAAGGUGACACGACCAACAUACACGAGAUCUCAAACCUGUCAAUAUACGGUGAGCACUUUAGUGGCGACUUGGCAGUGCUAUACAAAACCAUACCACAAACUAAUUUGCGUUUGACGCAAGCGCUAACUAAUAAUAACAAUGAGAUUGUGCGGAAAAAUAGUAGUCCAGCAGUGCCAACAACUAUAACCAAGGAAGAUAACGACGCAAUGACCGGCAUUCCAAAGACUAUGGAAAAAAACAAUCAGCUGCUUGCCAACCUCUUACCUACGGAUAUAGUCAUACCAAAGUGUUAUCAGCGCACGUAUACAAAUGCGCCAAAUGCAGCCUCUCGAGGAUCUCCACGCUUCAAUGUCGUUGCUGAAAAUACGAAGCAGACAAUUAGCAACGAUUGUAAUCAUUUGCAGAAUAACAAUAGUGUGUUAGAGGUUUUGUCGAAUGAAAAACUCGGCUUACGGUCAACAUUGUUAACUGCAGAAGGUGCAAUCAAACAGCCAACAGCGUCUAAUGCUGCGUUCACUUUGCUCACGGAAAUAAUUUUGCGCCAGGACGACUAUGAAAGGCAGAAACAACUAAUACCGGAUAUUGCACCCGUCUUGCAGAAAGAGGACCAAACGCACAAGCUGAUACCAAAUUCCUCAUCAAUGACGUUUCCCUUGCAAUUGCCGCUACCGUUGUCGUUGUCGCUGCCGUUACCGCUACCACUACCACUUCCCCUCAUGCCUCUCAUCGAUAAUCUUACAAACAAAAACAGCGCUGUGUCAAAUUAUUCCUCAUACGAAGUACCGGAAUUUGGCUUUGGAAACUCAGGCGCAGAAUGUAAAACAUCAUUAUAUUCUAAACACGCGCCGCAGCUCGCCGGACAACGAGAACAACAGCAAGCCACAGGUUUAGAGCAGCAACAGCAACAACUAACUUCAAAUCAGCAAUUAGCUAAAAAGAUCCUUUACUCGCGUCUAUUACAUCCUAAUGCUCUAAAACAGUGUGAACAUUUAAACGAUCGAGAAGUACACUUAUUAGACCUUAUACCCAGCAGCUUGAAACAGAGCUCGGCAGAGUCCAAUGUGGCAAAUGUGAUGCAUACCAGAAAAAACAAUCGAGGCCAAUCCGCUUUCAGUAACAGUGAUAACAAAACAGAGCGGGUUUCAAAAACAGCCAAUUUUGCUAGUAAAGUCGACACCAAUAACAGUUUUAAUAACACAAAACUUAGCGGUUUCGAUCUGUUAUCUGCACAGGAGGCAGCGAUCACACAAGCCCAAUUAGAACUUGAAAAAUUUUUAACGUUUAGUCAUCAAUUAACGUAUAUCGCUCAUCGCGGGAAAAAUUCAUCUAACAAAUUAAUCUCGCAUAUAAGGACUCGUGUGCAGCAAAAUAUGCAGCAACGUCAACAGCUAAUUCAUAGUACUCAAGCACAACUAAGUCAGCUGAGGCGGCAAUGCGCCAGUGCGAAGAUCUAUUACGAGCGGGCGAUGCGUCGUCUGCAUACUUCUGACUCAUCGAAGUUGUGUACCCAGUCACAAACGCGUCCGCAAAACUCUGCUACGAAUAAGGUGGCUCGUGCAGCUGUAGUCGCCGCUAUAGCAGCCGCUGCCGAUGUGGAGGCGAUGCCAGUAACUACUUAUGUUAAAUCAGAGGACGCUGAUGAUGAUAAAAGAAAAAAAGUUUAUGUGUGUGAGAGCUCACCUGAAAUCUCACAUCCUCCUCAGACGUUGCUACAAAUCGAGCUUGGUAUCGAGCAUUACGUAAACGAAGUCUGCAAAACUGAUUUAGGCGUCGUAAAUGAUGAAGGCGAAAAUAAAUAUGACUCUGACCAGAACGAGGAUGGAAACAAAGGUAACAAUGUUAGCUGUAACGAACGCCAAAAAUCGUUUAUAUAUGGCUUGCACGAUGCCGCGACAGUCGAGGGCAGAGGGAAAGUAACACCUACAUUUUCCACCGGCGUUAAUGUGAAUAAAACAAGUUCUGCAGCAGUGUCACCUAUUUGCUUUUGGCAUCCAGAAAACGAUGGUCUAAGCUUUAAUGAGCACACGCCGACCGCAGUUGAGAUUAUACUGGAAUGCGCGGCAUCGACUGUGCAAGCAAAUAUGUGCGACCCUGCUUUUGCAAUUAAUACAUUGAGUAAGGAUGAAGGGCCUUCCUCGCGUUACCAUAAUCAAUCAAACAGUCAAUUUGGUGUAAAUUCUAAAUACAUGUCGCUAAGUAGUGAAUUCCUACAAAGUGCAUUUGUUCCUGGGACCGUGCGACCUGAUCGAGCCACGCCUGCUUCCGCCGAUUCUGUCAGCAAAGAUGAAUGUUCUAAUCUUGCAAAUAGUGAGAAAAAUGAGAGGAACGGCACUAAAUCAUUACGCACAUCGUCAAAACUAAUCAGCACGACAAUGAACUCAAAUACCACUAAUUCAACACCGAAUUUGACUCCAACUUCUACACCAACCACCACGCCGACGCCGCCCCUGAACACACCGGAAAAAAGUCGCCGAAAAUCCCGCUACGCGCGUCGCAUUGAAAUAACGCCCGCGGCAACUCUAACACAAAAAAACACAAAUCAAAACUUCCUAUUUUACAAUCAGUCAAAUAUACACAUGCUUCGUCAAUGCGACACCAUCGGUAAUGUUACUACUGGCGAUGUUGGAGAUAAUAGCGCUUCAAGCAAAACCGAAACAAGCAAACAGCUGGAGAGCUUAAAUGCGAAUCAUUCCAUGGCGGAAACAUUGUCGCCGGUCCGUAAUGAUGGUCACAAAAACAUCAACAAGCAACAACAGAAACAGUAUGGCAUAGAGCAGCAACAACAACAAGCACAAAUCAGUGAUUGCAACGGCAACAACAAUGGAAGCAGAGGUACCACGAAUAGUGACGGCAUAUUUAGUCUCAAAGGCUCUUGCAGCAACGCAACCACCACCAGCGCAACGGCGGCAGCAGCAGUAGUGGCUUUUCAAGAGCAGGCUUUUAAUAAUAUUUUCAAAGCACGUUUCAAUGCCCUCACAGCAGCUGCGGUUUUGAACGCUACAGCCGCUGACACUGCAGAUGGCCCGUACGAUUUAAGUGUCAGCAGAAGGAGCAAGCAAACAAAUUUGGAUAGCAAAAUCUCAGCAGCCAAUCAACAGGGAAGCGAGUGCAAAGACAAUUCAAAUGAAAAAAAGAAACCGCAUAUCAAAAAGCCAUUGAAUGCGUUCAUGCUAUAUAUGAAGGAGAUGCGCGCCAAAGUUGUCGCUGAAUGCACAUUAAAAGAGUCAGCGGCGAUAAAUCAAAUACUUGGCCGAAGGUGGCAUGAACUUAGCCGUGAAGAGCAAAGUAAAUAUUACGAAAAAGCGCGACAAGAGCGCCAGUUACACAUGGAAUUAUAUCCGGGGUGGAGCGCACGAGACAACUACGGUUAUGUUUCUAAAAAGAAAAAACGUAAAAAAGACCGUUCACCCGCGGAUUCGGGAGGAAAUAACAUGAAAAAGUGCCGCGCUCGUUUUGGCUUAGAUCAGCAGAAUCAAUGGUGUAAGCCUUGCAGACGCAAAAAGAAAUGCAUACGCUACAUGGAAGCGCUAAGCGGCGGUGGCUGUAGAGUUGGUAAGGAUAAUUACUAUCAGGAGCUAGAUGAUCUGGAUGACAAUGUUAGCGAUAAUCUGGGUAGUCCAAGCAGUAUAGAUGAUAAUAAGACGCGAUAUUAUGACAACGAAUCGCUGAACCAUUCGCUAUCUAGUCCUGAUUGCCAGAGUGCUUUAUCUAGCCUCCAAAGUCCGUCCACUAGCAUGACUAGCCCGUUGAAUUUACUUGUCAGUCCCGCCACUGUUGGUCUGUCUUUCGGGCUGCCCGAAAGCCAGCAAAAUCAUCAGAAUAUGCAGUGUCAACAACAACAACUACACAUACUGCAACCUAACAGUAGCGUCAUCGAUGUGACAACGCAACAAAUCCGCAAACAGCAGCAGCAAAAUUCCAACCAGCACCAGUUGGAUUCACAGCAACCACAAGGACAGGCAUCGUCUACGCUUACCAACAUCAGUAUUUGCGAACAUACGAAAUCCGUAAGAUCAUUUGUAAGCAGUGGCGGGGGCAUCGGUAUCGGUGUGAACGGCCCAAUAAUCCCACCAGUUUUGCCAAAUAUUAGUCCCAGUGGCUUAUGCAUUGGCGGCAACAAUAACCUAACAAAUACCUCAACAUCAUCAGCAGCUGCAGUAGUGUCGGUAGCUGCCUUCACAGAGCGCAAUAUGCGCAGUCUACUGAACCCUAGCCCAUCUAGCCUUCUACUCAGUAACGCCAGCUUUCCACCGACAAACUUAGAUCCAAGCGAAGGAGCCAUAGUCUCAAUAGCUCAAAUGUUAUCAAGCACCAAUACCGUGGCGUCCAGCAUGGCAACGGCAUCAGCACCAAUCAGUAUAGUUGACAAAGAGUCUACAACCGAUACCUCGACUACUACCGCCACCACCUCUAGCCCCAGAGCCAAUGAUGAGCCAAUAUGUAGUAGUCCGUAUGACAGGGCGACACUCAUCAACAACAAAAGCAAUGACAACAAUUGUAAUAUUGAGCACAUUUCAACGGCCAAUAGAGACACGUCAUCAACUCCCAGAGCAGUGAGCAAAUCAAAACCGAUUUUAGACGGCAAGUCCAUCACCGCUUCCUCGACAGACUCUUCACCUACGGCUGACUCGUAUGAAAAGUUAAUAGCUCCCACACAUCGCAACCCAAUAGGCGCAAACCCCCAUGACAUUAAUAAUCCCCUUAGCAUUAAUCAGCUCACAAAAUGUGGUGAAAGCACGCACAACAAUUGCAACAGUUGUGAUACCACCAAACCGAAAAAUACAGUGACUGAAGGCGACCCACCGUAUUUAGAUAACUCGAUACCAAACACAUCCAAUAGCAUCACUAACGGUGUAGCUGCCCAACACUACAAGCAAAAUAAUCAACAGCUUAUAACGCAGCCAUCUCUGCGACUACAACCAGCGUCCACUUCUGCAGUACAGCACCAACAGUUGGUAGCGUCGUCCUUACUACCACCUCUCUCAACACAGUACCAGCAACAAUUUCAUUUUAAUAGCACUACUGGAACGCCACCAGCUCCGCAUCAUCUCGUCCAUAAUCAUUCUCACCACCAUCAUACACACUCACCUCUCUUUAAUCAGCAAUUCCAACAAUUUAGCCACCAUUUAGCUUCGGUAGCAGCCGCUGCCGCUGUAGCAAGAGUGCAUAUGCCCAAUCUAAUCAACGCUGCUGCCGUCGUUAAUGUAAACGAUAACUUACAACGCGUAGAUACCAGCAUAACUUUUGCUACUGAUCCGACAACCAAUACUAAUGAGUUGCCAGUAUCUGCAUCAUCGAAUGUAGAGAAAAUUAACGCGACGACUCCUAGUUGCAGUUCAGCGAAGCAGAGUAACAGCAUGGUGGGAUUGGUUAGCCGACUGUCAAAUGAGACAACGCCAGCUGUAACUGCAGCUGAGAUGGCACCAACAACAUUACCAAAAACAACAACAGUGACUGUUGGUGUAGAUAAUAGAGCCACCGUCGUCGGUGAUGUAAGUGAAAGAGCUGCGGGAAGCGAAAAUGGCGCCAUAACUGUUACGUAGCAAUUGCAAAAACGUAGUGCCAAGAUUUCUGGAGAUAUCGACGAAAUAAUUUUAAAUAGGAGCAGAAGAAGUAUCAAUAAAAGUAAUAACAUUAUAAACACCGACAGCAUACCUUUGUCAAUAGAAGCGACAACGACAAUAGCGCUAUUCUCUUAUAUUUUUAGUAUUCUCUGUUUUAAAUGUGUGCAUACCUACAUAUCUAUAUAUAAGCUAGGCAUACAUACACUUAUGCUCUAUAUUAAGCAGAUUUGAGUACUCCAUGCACGCAUGAAACUCUACAUUUACAUAUAAAUGUACUUCACAAGGACAACAGAGUACUCCAAAGCAAACCAUAUUCAUACAAAAUGCAUGGUCUAGUUAACAUUGAAGCAUUCUAGGGCUGGGCCACAUACUCCACCUGCAUAACAUCGGAAUACGCCAUGGAUAAUACUCCAUGGAUUAGCUACAAUACAUUACAUUACAUUAUGAAGUAUAAUACUUACGAUUCGGUUGCUUUCGCUUUUGUGAAAAGUAAAUCGAUAGUAUUAAUUACAUAUCAUAUACGACUUUUCCACGGCAUAUAUUGUUCCAUGACACGCAAUGCGAUUCUGUUUCACUGGCUUUCUUUCCUUUCUUUUGGGAAAGCAAGGUAUAAGAAAAUUUUUGAUAGAAGUCUACGUAAUAUUGAAUUGAUCAUGCAUUUAUUAAUAUUACUUUCGGUGCCAUGAAGAAGUGACAGCAUGUAAAAUUCAAUAAGCAAGUAGCUCUCCUAGAAAUGGGGAUAAGCCCUGAAAUCUUGGCGGUAAAGUUUAAUGCGACAAUUCCCUUGCAAAAGAAAUAUUGGGUUGCCCCAACAGAAACCGGCGAAAAGAACUAAAUACAUUUUUUUUUUUUUAAUUUUAUAAUGAA